GUGGGAGAGUAAGAUGGCGGCGCCCAUGGAGGUGGCUGUGUGUACUGAUUCGUCUGCCCAGUUGUGGAGUUGCAUCGUGUGGGAGCUGCACUCGGGUGCUAACCUGCUCACGUACCGCGGCGGCCAGGCUGGGCCCCAUGGCCUGGCGCUGCUCAAUGGCGAGUACUUGCUUGCGGCGCAGCUGGGCAAGAACUACAUCAGCGCCUGGGAGCUGCAGCGGAAGGACCAGCUGCAGCAGAAGAUCAUGUGCCCUGGGCCUGUCACCUGUCUGACCACGUCACCCAAUGGCCUCUACUUGCUGGCAGGGAUUGCAGAGAGCAUAUACCUGUGGGAGGUCUCCACAGGGAACCUCCUGGUCAUCCUGAGCCGCCACUACCAGGACAUCUCCUGCUUGCAGUUCACAGGGGACAGCAGCCACUUCCUCUCGGGUGGCAAGGACUGCCUGGUGCUAGUGUGGAGCCUGUGCAGUGUGCUGCAGAUGGAUUCCUCCAGGACCCCAGCCCCCCGGCAUGUCUGGUCCCGCCACACCCUUCCCAUCACAGACCUGCACUGUGGCUUUGGGGGUCCCCUAGCCAGGGUGGCCACAGCCUCGCUAGACCAGACAGUGAAGCUGUGGGAGAUCUCCUCAGGGGAGCUGCUGCUCUCCGUGCUCUUUGAUGUGGGCAUUAUGGCCGUGACCAUGGACCUGGCUGAGCAUCACAUGUUCUGCGGUGGCAGUGAAGGCUCCAUCUUCCAGGUCGAUCUCUGCACCUGGCCUGGACAGAGAGAGAAGAGCUUCCAGCCAGAACAAGACAGCGGGAAGGUGUUCAAAGGCCACAGGAACCAGGUGACAUGCUUGUCAGUGUCUACUGACAGCAGUGUGCUGCUCUCUGGCUCACAUGACGAGACCGUGCGCCUCUGGGACAUCCAAAGCAAGCAGUGCAUCAGGACGGUGACCCUGAAAGGCCCUGUGACCAAUGCCUUCAUUAUGCUGGCGCCAGUCAGCAUGCUGAGCUCUGACUUCAGGCCCAGCCUGCCCUUGCCACACUUCAACAAACACCUGCUGGGCGCUGAGCAUGGGGACGAGCAGCACCGCGGGGGCCUGACGCUGCGCCUGGGCCUCCACCAGCAGGGCUCAGAGCCCAGCUACCUGGAGCGAGCGGAGCGGCUGCACAGGGUCAUGUGCAGCACUAUGGAAAAGAACGUGCUGGGCGGCCAGGACCAGCUGCGAAUCCGAAUCACGGAAUUAGAAGACGAGGUGCAAAACCUGCGCAAGAUCAACCGUGACCUGUUUGACUUCUCCACCCGCAUGAUCACCCGGCCUGCCAAGUGAGUGCGGGGACCCAGGCCACCGCCCACGGACAGGCCGUCAGGGCUGGCCUCCCUGGGGCUGUUGGGCCGAUGCCCCUGGACCACCACAUGUCCCCAGCUCUCCUUCCCCUGGACUGUUAACCUGCGUGAGGGGUCAUUUUGUCUGUGAUGACCCACCGGUGUCUGUUGUGUCCAGUUGGUGCUGUUCAGUUUUUAACAAAAAGACCUAAAACCCUGUCGUCCUCAGUCCUCCGUAUGUACUGAGGGCUAUUCCAGGACUCAGGCUGGACUCUGGGACCCUCGACAUGGGCCAUCAGGUCUGACUUAGUCAAAACCUAGUGUUGGGAAGCUGUGAUUCCCAAAUUGUUCUCAUGCUCGUUUGUCACCCCAGUGCCUUUGCAUGACCCUGAAGUCCCCGCCUCCUGUGAUGGAAAGGGGGGUGGGAAGGCAGCCUCAGCUGCAGGUAGUGAUUUAGGGAGAGCAGUGUCGUCAUACUGGUCACAUCCUAAUGACCACCAAGGGUCCCCCUAACCUUAGUUGAGGCAAGGGCUCAGGUAGCAGCCAGUUCUGGGCCAGGGUCCCCUGGAGGGACAGGUGGCCAGGGCCCCUUGACCAGGAUAUUUUUGUCAGUGUCAAGGGCCCAAGAGUUGCCAGGUGUCUCCACUGCUUUGGGGACACUGCCAGGCCAGUCAUCACCUGCAGGCCAGCCCAGAAAUGUGGGCCCCAAGGCUGCCGUCAGAACCUUCCAGAAAGCUAACCACCAUUGACAGUCCUGCUUAAUGAUCCUGAGAACCCACAUAAUUUAUCAGAUGUCUUCAUAACUGAAGCUGUGAGCCAGCAGCCAGCACUGAGAUCAUGCUUUUAGGCUAAUUGGAUUUCUCUGUCCCUGGGGCUCUCUGUCCUUGCAAGCUGGUGGCCCAGCCACACGCUGCAGCAGGGUGCCCAGGAAUGGGACUGGGCCCAGCCUCCAGCCCUAUGGCCCUUGUCCUCCCUCCUCCCCUGCCCAGGGAGCUUGGACAGGUUGAUACUUGGGACUAUCCGGUCUGUGCCAGGAAGGGGGUCCACCUGAUUGGUGGGGGCACGUCAUGGUCCCACACGCACACAGUGGGGUCUGUAGCAGCCAGGCAGCAAAGUUGGGGGCAUGGAACUUGUGCAGCGGUUCCAGGAGGUGGAGGUGGGGCCAGAAGAUGGGCUCAGGCUUCCUGAGGGUCCCUCAUCUGCCAGGGCUGCCGCCCUCUGGUCCUGAUCCUGGUCAGGCCACCUCUGCCUGGCCACACAAACCGCCAGCCCUCCAUACCCUCUGCUGUUGGCUCCAUAGGAGACUUGGACCUAGUUCUGAUCUUGGUACUGCUGCCCAUGUCUGCGUCUGGUCCGUCCCAGACAGGGCUGGCAGGUUGCCAUGUGCUGACAGUACCAGCUUCUGGCUGGCAGCCUCCUUUGGGUCUGGAUUUUUCCGAGUUGGGGGUGCUGUUCCCACUGUCCCUCACCCCACAUAUAUUUCCAAGGCCAAAGACAGACACACACCAUACUGAACCUUCAACUGCUGGAGUGCCCUGGGCAGAGAAGGCGGGGUCCGUGCCCCCUGGGGCUGUCCCCAUAUUCUGACUUGGGCCUGGUGGGUUGCGGUGCCUGCCCACCCUGUAGGUAGCUUGUCACGGGCUGGGAGGGGGAACAUCAACAAGCAGGUGGCCUUCAUAACAACUCUGUCCAUGCCACCUGUCCAGUGCAGCCCUGGAAGGUGGCCCUCCUCUGCAGGCCGCCAUGGGGAGGCCUGGAGGAAGGGGGUUGGCCAGCCUGCCACACGCCUUUCAGACGACAUGAGUGGUGAGGGUGGACCUGACCUCGGUCUGGCCUGAAACCACUGCCUGGAUAAGCCGUGCCUGGCUCCACCACGGUUUCCUUACCUGUUAAAGGAGCAUUCUCCUGCAUUUGCAGAGCCUGCGAGGAACCUUGGGGAGCUUGUGCCCAGCUAGUGUGACGGGUGCAUUGCAUGUAGUGAAUGGUGCUCUUGAUCGUCUGUCUGGUCUGUGAGAAUUGCUGUACACACUUCCUCAGCACCAUUGACCCCACAGCCUAGGCCAUUGUUGCCGGGGGACGUGCCAACAGCGUCCAGUGUUCACCAGCGACCUCGGCGUGCUGGUGGAGUUGGUGUACACUACAGUGAGGUGCCACUUCACGCCCUCAGGACUACUGUUCUAAAAACAAGUGUCCCUGAGUAGGUGGAGAGACAACCCUUCUUCUGCACGGUGGGUGGGGUGGGGCAGCUGCUGUGGCAAAUAGUCUAGUGGUUCCUCUAAAACUGGAAGUCGCCAUAUGACCCCGCAGUCCCACUUCCAGGUGGAUGGACACCCCAAAGACCUGAGAGUAGGCACUCGAGGUGUGCACACCCAUGGUCACCACGGCCGGGAGGCGGGAGCACCCGUACCUGCCAGCGGACGCACAUACCUGAUUGCGGGUUCCAUCCCCAACUGGGCCUGUGUGCGAGGUAACCAGUGGAUUUUGGACAUUUCACAAUGAUGUUUUUCUCUAAAGUCAAACGAAUCCCUUAAAUAAGUAAAAUCAAAUCCUAUCCACCCCAAAUGGUGUGGCUCAGUGGGUUGGGCGUCCUCCCCAAAAUUGAAAUCUCGCUGUUCAGUUCCCAGUCGGGGCACACGCCUGGGUUGCCGGCUGGGCCCCCCAUUUGGGGGCUUGUGAGGCAGUCAGUGUUUCCCUCCCUUCCCCUCUCUUUACAAAUAAAAUGUAUUUUUUAAAAAGUCAAA